GACAAGAAAGCUUUGAUCUUUCGUUACUGUGUGAACUUGUCCAUAUAGGAUUCUCUUUGUCAUUUAAAUUCCAAAGAAAACCAAAGUUUUAGCUUCAGGGAAUAUGAGAAGGGUCUGAAUAGUCUUGCAUGGCGAGCCAAAGAUUAGGAGAAACGGGUUUAUCUGAGUCAGGGCCUUCAAGUCACCAUGUCCCUUAUGGAGUUCUUCAUGGAAUUAAUACACCCACAUCAAGCUUAAUCAAUCAAGGGUCAGCUUUUGAUUUUGGAGAGCUGGAAGAGGCUAUUGUUCUGCAAGGAAUUCAAAUAAGAAAUGAUGAAGCCAAAGCACCUUUAUUCACCGGUAGGCCUGCAGCCACACUGGAAAUGUUCCCUUCAUGGCCAAUGAGGUUCCAGCAAACACCAAGAGUAGGAAGUUCAAAGUCAGGGGGGGAAAGCACAGAUUCAGGAUCAGGAAUGAAUACUCUUUCAAGCAAAACGGAGCUCCAAUUUGAAACCGAAUCUCCCAUAAGCAUAAAAGCAUCUUCUUCAGAUCAUCAUCAUCAUCAUCUGCAGCAUCAACAGCAGAAACAACAACAACAUCACCAACUUCAACUUCAACAGGAGACAGUAACUGAUGCAUCGAGAAUAGGUCCAUCACAAUCAGCAGCAAAAUCACAAGAAAAGAGGAAAGGGGCCAGUUCCACAUCAGAGAAGCAACUUGAUGCAAAGACACUGAGACGUUUGGCUCAAAACAGAGAAGCUGCAAGGAAAAGCCGUCUCAGGAAAAAGGCUUAUGUUCAGCAACUUGAGUCAAGUAGAUUAAAGCUCACCCACCUUGAACAAGACCUUCAACGAGCACGCUCUCAGGGGCUGUUUUUGGGUUGUGGUGGUGCUGGUGGGAAUAUAAACUCUGGAGCUGCAAUGUUUGACAUGGAGUAUGCAAGAUGGCUAGAAGAUGACCACCGGCACAUGGCGGAGCUCCGGACUGGGCUGCAGGCGCCGCUGUCGGAAGGCGAAUUAAGAGUGGUUGUGGAUGGAUAUCUGUCUCAUUAUGAUGAAGUUUUCAGGCUGAAGGGGGUGGCAGCUAAAACGGAUGUGUUUCAUCUUAUUAAUGGCAUGUGGACUUCCCCAGCUGAAAGAUGCUUCCUAUGGAUAGGUGGUUUUAGACCAUCAGAUCUCAUCGCAAUGUUGAUACAACAAUUGGAGCCUCUAGCGGAGCAGCAAAUCAUGGGCAUAUAUGGGCUCCGCCACUCAUCACAGCAAGCUGAAGAGGCUCUCUCCCAAGGUCUUGAGCAGCUUCAGCAGUCUCUGGUUGACACCAUCGCCGGUGGCCCCGCCGUUGACGGUGUCCAACAGAUGAUCGUUGCCAUAGGCAAGCUUGCCAACCUUGAAGGAUUUGUCAGUCAGGCUGAUAAUUUGAGGCAACAGACCCUUCACCAAUUAUGUCGAUUACUGACAGUUCGACAAGCAGCACGGUGUUUUCUUGUGAUUGGAGAGUAUUAUGGCCGUCUUAGAACCCUUAGUUCUCUUUGGGCAUCAAGACCAAGAGAGACCUUAAUCAGCGAUGAUAACUCAUGCCAAACAACAACGGAAUUGCAAAUGGUUCAACCUUCUCAAAAUCAUUUCUCGAGCUUCUAAAACGUAAUGUAAUUGAAACCAAUUAUUAAUUAGCCGGAAAUUAAGCUGCUGCUGCUGCUGCAAGUCGAUGUAUUUGGGCUGAUUUAGAAGCAAAGGAA